UUUGACGAAUGUACUGCAUUACCCAGAAUCCUCAGCUCAAAACAGACAACACCAACAGCACAUGCUUUAUCAUGGCGGCCCCAGUUAAAAAGAUGGUCGGUGUGUCUGACGACUCCAGUAGUAGUGACGACGAAGCACUGAAGAGAUGUCAGGAAGCAGUUUGGGAGACACGAACUGACAAAGGGAAAGGUGAAAGUUGGUUCUUUUGGUUUUGUUUGUGGUGCGAGACGAAGUCAGCAGUGAUGCACGGCAGACAGACCCCUGUAGAAAUACGACAUUACCCCGAAGGGGACAGCAAUGUGAAACAGUCAAAACGUGUCAUCGUUGCUGACCAUGAUCACGAUGGCAACGAGCUCCAGGUCAGUCAAGGGUUUCGAACGCACGUUGCUAAAAAGUUGGGACAUCUUCUUGACAGUUACAUUACAGAAAAGCAGAACACAACUUCAUCCUGUGUGGAAUCAGCAAAAUGUGGUGGUUGUGGUGACGAUGAUGAUAAUGAUGAUAAAGGAUUUCGUCUAUUUUCUACAUCGGUCCCGGGACAGACAGCUGAGGAGCCUCAAGCCCCUGUGAGGCGUCGGCCAGUUCCUAGCUCAAGUGACAGCGACAGUGAGAUGGAAACAAGGCUGAGAGAGGCAGCGGUGUCGGUCAAAGAUCUCUUACCCUCUUCGUCACUGUCCUCUACACUCUCAAUUCCCUCGACAGAGCCUCCCUGCUCAGGAAAUAUAAAGAAAAAGAAAAAAGUGGCAGAGGGAGAAGACAGCUAUGUUUAUAAGAAAAAGAAAAAGAGGAAACCGUAUCAAGAGGAAAGUGCGCAUGUGGACUGUGCAAGUUCUCCUCUUAAAGCUCAAAGUAACGGUGAGCCUGGGAACUCAGAAAAGGAACACAUGCAAGUCAAAGUAAAACAGAAAAAGAAAAAGAAGCGAGAAGCAAACAAAGAGGAAGAAGCUUUGACCUGAUCUUCUUAUGGAUCACCUUUUACUGUUCUAGUAUGUUUGUCUAUGUUCCACUCUGCCAUAUUCAGUCACAAGCUUGAAAUGUUGAGAUGGUGAGAUAUCAUUCAAAGUAUUUUGAGGAUAGUUUUGGAAGCCAUUUUUUCACUAAAAAUUUUUUAAUACCAUUGCCAUGGUUAUUCUUGAAGUAGUUUUUACUUUGUCAUGCAAGAGACUCAUUAAAAUGUGAAAAAAGCAUUCUGAGGCAGUGAGUUAAAAAAUAAUGCCAGUAACAUGCAGUGCACAAGUUUCAACUGAAUUUACAAUUUCUGAAUAUUAAAAAAAAACAUUAUUUUAAUAAAAAUGCAUUUUGGUGUUGA